UGCCAAGCGAGAAAGCCAAAAGUAAAGGCGAGGGAGGGAGAGAAACCGCACCGGGAAGCCAAGGAUUCACCCCUCCCCCUACUCCUCCUCCUCGGCCGCUCCUCCCCCAAUCCCACCGACGAGCCCGCCGCCCGGGCCAAUCCGAUCCACCGCGCCGCCGCCCUCCUCCUGCAUUGGCCUCCGAAAACCAAUGAAUUUGUGGAUGGGGAAGGUACAGAGUAAGAAUGUUCCAGCCUAUGAUGGAGCAAUUUUUCUGUGCAACCACCUGACCAGGAAGGAGUGCUUUCACAGAAAGCUUUUUGGCCUUUCAUCUAAAUGUACUGAGUUUAUACAUAAAGUUAAAUCUGGCGCGACACUAUUCCUGUAUGAUGUUGAGCAGCGUAAGCUUCAUGGGGUGUUUGAAGCAACUUCAGAUGGAGCCAUGAAUAUCAUUCCUGAUGCAUAUGCCUCAUCAGGGUUUCAGUAUCCUUGUCAGAUACGCUUUAAGAGGAUUUGGUUUUGCAAGCCUUUGAUGGAAAGUGAAUUUGAAGAUGCAGUACAGGAUAAUUAUUACUUCGCAAGAAACAAGUUUAAUUACGGUUUGACACAUCAACAGGUUGUAAAGCUUCUUCACUUGUUUUCUUCAAGGAACAGAUUACAGCCUCGUCAAAAUCCAAGGUUACAGGUUGAACCUCCAAGGGAGUCUGACAUUUCUUCUGUGGUUAACCAAACUGAUAACCACUCCGGUUCAAAUAGUUCACAUGGUUCAUUGAAAAGCGCCUGUCAAACAUGUACCUCCUCCAGUGUUGGGGAACAUGCAGCAUCGCCGAGUCACAAGUUAUCUGAGCCUAUGUCAUUAAAGCACAGAGAGUUACAACUAGACAUCUCUGAUGUGGCUAAGUCCAACAGCUCAAGAUCUUCCUUGCACACUGCAGCAAAUACAGACCUUGUCACCGAACCUGGCACCCAAGAAGCAGUGGAUGACAAGUUUACUGAUGAUUAUAUACCACUACAGCUGGAGGAUGAUACUUCAGACGGUGUUGAUACUCUAUUUGAUUUGCUUGGAGAUGAGAGCCACUCUUCAGAAUCGAAAGGCAGUAGUGACUCUGAAGAGAACACAGCUUUCCACCAACCAUGUGUCAGGAAGAAAGAUGAUUGCCAUCAGCCCCUGGCAGAUUCAAAGCUUCGCGCUGACAUUGAAGGGCGAAAAAGCGUGUUUGCUCGGUUAAUGGGAAGACCUGAAUCUUUUGUUCAAAGACAGAAGUUCAAGACCAAACCAUUCCCAUCAAAGAAUGCUAAGUCUUUCAGUUCCCCUAAUCAGAGGAGAAAACGGCGGAGGGCACAGCAGAGCAAGUCCUUUCCAUGUGAUAAUCGUGCAACGUUGGGUAUGCCUUCAGCUCAUAAGAUGAUAAAAGGUCCAGCAUUGGACUAUUCAUUUGUCUGGGACGAUGACAGAAGAUCCAACAAGUUCUCUGGUGGAAAACCAAGCAACAUUCAGAGAGUCCUGUGGAAUGCAUCUACUAAAGAACCUGAUCGAUAUGGUGCAUGCAAAAGGCUGUUUGUUUCUGAAGGCAGUAAAAAAUUGAUCGGGUCCUCUGACAGAAUGUCAAAUAAACCCCCACUGUUUGCUGAAGUACAUGAGAGAUGCAAAGUCACUGUUGAAGAAAAAACCAGGACCCCUUUCUUGGAUUUUAAGCGGCAUGCUAAGGAUCUAAAUGUUGAAGGAGGAGAUCCAGAUUAUACGGCCGAUGUUGAGGAAGCAGCAACGAAGAAGACACGGUUAGCAAGUGCAUCUUACCAUGGAGACGAGGAUGAAAGUGAAACUGCAUUGGUUCCAAAACAAACCAGACCUAUGGACAUGCUGACAGUAUCAGAUGAGAACUGCAAACUCAAUAGCAUCAGUUUGUUAUCUAAUGACACAUGUACUCAGAUGGCUGGAGCUUAUCUCGAAACCGAAGUGCAACUGAAAGAUGAACAGCAAAGAAUCCAAGGCUGCCGUGAAGAUGUUACAGGUGAUACUGAGAACAUGCCGACAGUAUCAGAUGAGAACUGUAAACUCGAUAACAUCAGUUUGUCAUCUAAUGACAACUGUACUCAGAUGGCUGGAGCUUAUCGCGAAACCAAAAUGCAACUGCAAGAUGAACAGCAAAGGAGCGAAGGCUACUGUGAAGAUGUCACAGGUGAAAAAUCAUCGCUCGGAGAUUCUGGAAAUGCACAGCUGUUUCGCAAGCUCAGUUUUGGUGACAUGCAGACCAUUGUUGAAACUGGCAUUGAGGUGGGUUUUGGCCAUGUGGACACUGAAACGUCCCUCCAAGAGAAACAAAACCAAAGUGGUAGGAGCUGCUAUGGAGUGGUUGAUACAGAUACAACGUUGAUCAUCGAAAAUCCUGAAACCAUGGAAUCCUUGCCCAACCAUGAUGAGGAUGGAACUUUUGAAAUGGUGGCAACUGAUCACCAGGACACCAGUACCCUCCCUCAGGGCAAAGAUGGUGAAGCUACAAACCAACUGACAGACUCUGAAGAUGAUAAAGAUAGUACCAACAACUUGUCGCCGAACAGACGUCGAAGCACUUCACCUCCUCGUGAUCUUGAGUUGAGCAAAGAAGAGGAGAUGCGAUACCAAAGUUACGGAACAAAACAUGGAGCAGUCCAUGAAAUCUCAGACUCCAGUGACUCAUUUGCGAUCUGCGCCGAGGGUUAUGGAAGCCAGAUUGGGAUGUCAACUGACAGCACCUCUAUUCAUCUGGUCAUCAACGAACUUGGAACAAACUCGGAGUCCAGGACAAGUUUCUUCGACGGCUCCUGUGACAAAGAAUCAAAUAAACACCCGCUGUUUGCUGAAGUACAUGAGAUCUGCAAAGUCACUGUUGAAGAAGAAAUCAGGAGCCCUUUCUUGGACUUUACACGGUGUGCCAAGGAUCCAAAUGUUGAAGGAGGAGAUCCUACUGCCGAUGUUCAGGAAAUAGCAACGAAGAAGAUGCGGUUAGCAAGUGCAUCUUACCAUGGAGAGGAGUAUGAAAGUGAAACUGCAUUGGUUCCAAAAGACACCAAACCUAUGGACAUGCUGACAGUAUCUGAUGAGAACUGUAAACUCAAGAGCAUCAGUCUGUCAUCUAAUGACACCAGUGCUCAGAUGGCUGGAGCUUAUCUCGAAACCGAAGUGCCACUGCACGAUGAACAGAAAAGGAUCCAAGACUGCUGUGAAGAUGUUACAGGUGAUACAGAGAACAUGCCGACAGUGUCAGAUGAGAACUGUAAACACACGAGCAUCCGUUUGUCAUCGAAUAACACAUGUACUCAGAUGGACGGAGCUUAUCUCGAAACCGAAGUGCAGCUGCAAGAUGAACAGCAAAGGAUCCAAAGCUACCGUGAAGCUUUUACCGGUGACACUGAGAAAAAGCUAACAGUAUCAGAUGAGAACUGUAAACUCAAUAUCAUCAGUUUGUCAUCUUAUGACACCUGUACUCAGAUGGCUGGAGCUUAUGUUGAAACCGAAGUGCAACUGCAGGAUGAACAGCAAAGGAUCAAAGGCAGCUGUGAAGAUGUCACAGGUGAUAAAUCAUCGGUUCUCGGAGAUUCGGGAGAUGCACACCUGUUUCGCAGGCUCAAUUUCGGUGACAUGGAGACCAUUGUUGAAACUGGCAGCAGGGUGGGUUUUGGCCAUGUGGACACUGAAACAUCCCUCAAAGAGAAACAAAACCAAAGUUCUAGGAGCUGCCAUGGAGUGGUUAAUACGGAUACAACGUUGAUCAUCGAAAAUCCUGAAACCAUGGAAUCCUUGCCCAGCCAUGAUGAGGAUGGAACUUUGGAAACGGUGGCUACUGAUCCUCAGGACACCGGCACCCUCCCUCAAGGCAAAGAUGGUGAAGCUACGAACCCACUGACAGGCUCUGAAGAUGAUGAAAAUACUACUUCCAACGCCCUGUCCCCGAACAGACGUCGAAGCAGUUCACCUCCUCAUGAUGUUGAGUUGAGCAAAGCAGAGGAGAUGCAGUACCAAAGUUACCAAGCCAAACAUAUAGCAGCUGCCCAUGAAAUGUCGGACUCGACGGACUCAUUUGUGGUCUGCGCCGAAGAUUACGGAAGCAAGAUUGGGAUGUCAACUAACAGCACCUCUGUUCAUCUGGUCAUCAACGAACUUGGAACAAACACGGAGUCCAUGACAAGUUUCUUCGACAGCUCUUGUGACAGAGAAUCAAAUAAACCCCUAUUUGCUGAAGUACAUGAGAGCUGCAAAGUCAUUGUUGAAGAAGAAAUCAGUACCCCUUUCCUGGACUUUAAGCGGCGUGCUAAGGAUCCAAAUGUUGAAGGAGGAGAUUCUGAUUAUACCGCCGAUGUUCAGGAAGCAGCAAGGAAGAAGACGCGGUUAGCAAGUGCAUCUUACCAUGGAGAGGAGUAUGAAAGUGAAACUGCAUUGGUUCCAAACGACACCAAACCUAUGGACAUGCUGACAGUAUCAGAUGAGAACUGUAAACUCAAGAGCAUCAGUUUGUCAUCUAAUGACAGAUGUACUCAGCUGGCUGGAGCUUAUCUUGAAACCAAAGUGCAGCUGCAAGAUGAACAGCAAAGGAUCCAAGGCUGCUGCGAAGAUGUUGCUGGCAAUACCGAGAACAUGCUGAAAGUAUCAGAUGAGAACUGUAAACUCAAUAGCAUCUGUUUGUUAUCUAAUGACACCUAUACUGAGAUGCCUGGAGCUUAUCUCGAAGCCGAAGAACAGCGAAGGAUCCAAGGCUGCUGCGAAGAUGUGACAGGUGAUAAAUCAUCGAUUCUCGGAGAUUCUGGAAAUGCAAACCUGUUUCACAGGCUUGGUCUCGGUGACAUGCAGGCCAUUGUUGAAACUGGCAGUGAGGCUGGUUUCGGCCAUGUGGACACUGAAACAUCCCUCCAAGAGAAGCAAAACCAAAGUGCUAGGAGCUGCUCUGGAGGGGUUAAUGCAGAUAAAAUGUUGAUUGUCGAAAACUCUGAAACCAUGGAAUCAUCGCCCAGCCAUGAUGAGGAUGGAACUUUGGAAAUGGUGGCUACUGAUCAUCAGGACACAAUUACCCUCAUGAUCCUUGGAAUCCCUCAGGGCAAAGAUGGUGAAGCUGCAAACCCACUGACAGGCUCUGAAGAUGAUGAAGGUACUACUAGCAACACCAUGUCACCGAACAGACGUCGAAGCAGCUCGCCUCCCCAUGAUCUUGAGUUGAGGAAAGCAGAGGAGAUGCGAUGCCAAAGUUACCAAACCAAAAAUGUGGCAGCUGCUCAUGAAAUGUCUGACUCCACGGACUCAUUUACGGUCUGCGGCAAGGGUUACGGAAGCAAGAGUGGGGUAUCAACUGACAGCACCUCUGUUCACCUUGUUGUCAACGAUUUCCUUGGCACAAACUCGGGGUCCAGGUCGAGCUUCUUCGACGGCUCCUCGAGCGAGCCUGCUGAGAUGAUCAUGCUCUCGCAUGACCCCGGCGUGGAGAUGGAACCGCACUGACCGUGCCGCUGCUGCUGCGGCGGCACUACCUGGGAGGAGAUUUGCACCGGCAACGCCAACAAACCGGCUUCGUCUUUAUUAAUUCCUGCAAAGCAACAAGAUUUAUCCGAACUUGUGUAUGUAACACUUUCUGGAUUUUCCAAGCACCUCUGCCUGAAACGAAACAUAGAAUUGCUGUAA